AUUCCGGAUUUCUAAAGCCGGGGUGCACUGUACCUUAAAGUUGUUAGAUAUUUACAUUUGCUACAUUUGGCAGCUAAUCGAAUUUGGCAUUUCGUUUUUAUUUUCCCUACUUUGUAGUUUUCUAAUUUAAUUUAGACAACUUGAAAUGUGAAGAGCUUAUCACUUGACAAGAAUUGUCUGUGGAAUUUUCCAUGCCGCGGGCUGUCUAGCGUAAAAUUUUAAAAUAACUACCGUUGUGACUGACGCACCGUUGAUUUCGCUAAAUUUAAAAUGUUUUGCAUCACUUAAUAGUGCGGUGUGGGAAGGGGUGGUGAUUAAUCUCCUCGCAGAGAGUGUCGCACAGGCACACUUAUUACCUCUCUCUCGUUUCCCCGCUUUACAUCUCAUUACCCCCAAUAUACAGCCAUGGACAGAUAAAUAGCACAAAUGUAAAAUCAAAUGUUUUCUUCAAUUUAUUUUGUUAUUAAGCGAGCUUUCUCUGGAUUAUUUGAGGUCUUAUAUAUUCCGUACUUUUGCUUAUCAAAUUGUGCCAAACAAAAUUUUAUUACAUUUUGUCAUUGCUUUUUUAUUAUGGUUUGAACAAAUCAGCUUCCAUUUGAUGUGGUCACUUAAAUAGCACACAUUGGUCUUACACGUAUUUUUCAAAGGGUAAAAAUUUAAUACUAAUUUUUUUUUGUUAUAUUUAUUAAAGAUGAGACUUAAUUGAACUAUUUUCGUGAAAAAAUUAGCCGCGUUAUACAUUGUACUCUCAAAAAAGGACAUUUAGUAAUGAACUUAGUGAAUCCGGCAAAACCGUUGCUGAAAUUGCAGAAAUUUAAAAAUUAUCUGCAAAAAUUGUUAUUAUUGUCAACAAAAUAGAAAGGCAGAGUAACUAUUAUACGAUUAAAAACCAAAUUCGGAAAAAUUUUCUUGAGAAACGAUCAAACACACCGAAUGACUCACAGUGCGGGAUACAAAACUUGAUCCUAUUUUAAUUUUUGUCAAAUUGGAAAUGAUUCUACCACAGAAUAUAACCUCAAUGUGUCCAGAGAACUGGUUUCAAGAAGAAUAAACAAAGUUUCACUUUUUUAACGCAUUGGAAAAAAAACGCCAUACUUGACAAAGCCCCACAUCGAAAAAAUCUAAACUUUUGCUAUGGCGCACAGGAACGAGUCAAUGAGUUUUUGGAGGAAUGAACUUGGAACCGAUGAAAUUAGUAUAAAUAGGGUAGAACUUGAUGGAAAAACCAUUAUUAGUCGCCCUAAAGUCCAAUUCCUGAACCACAGAUGUACCACCAAAACCAUCAAACAUGCAGAAGGAAAAAUGGGGAUUUGGGUUGCGUUUUCCUGACCUGGCUUUGACCCAAUAGUCUCAUCCAAUGGCUUAAUGGGUCGAUUACAGAACUUGGAUAUCCUGCAGAAGGAAAUUGAGCUAUUGGUUAUUUAAAAUAUGCCGGUAUAAGGGACUUUUAUGCAAUUUAACAACUCAAAGGACACUGCUGGAGUCGUUAAAAAAUGGCUGUAGGACGAAAAAAUUGAUAUUUUGGAUUGGCCGAACCAAAGAUUGAAUCAGAAUACCAUAUUAAGCGUCUGCAUCACAGAAAAAUUUUGAAUUAGUAAUGAGAAAUUUUAAAAUUUGGAUGAAUUUUGUGCAGGAAUCCAAGAAGUUUGUAAAUCUAUCUGCAAGGACUCUUGUCGAAAGCUGGUGGGAAGGAUAAGCCAAAGGUGUGAAGCGGUAGAGCUUUACGAAGGAUUCAACACCAAAUAAAGACGAAAAGGACCUCCGGUUUAAAAAAAGAAAAUUUUUCAAAAUGUUGUGCUAUUUAUGUGUCCAUGCGAUUUGGAGGCUCUUCGACAAAAAAAGCUAUAAACUUUGUUCUAUCGUCAAAUAAUUUACUAUUUUUUAGUUAUUACAGAGUUUACUUAAUAAACUAUGGAAUCACUAUAUCCUUUAUCCCGAUAGGCUGCGUUUUCGAUAACAUAUUGGACAUUACUCCUCUUUGACUGAUUUGUGCUAUUUAUCUGUCCAUGGCUGUAGCGUAGUCCACUCGUUUGCCGCAAUGCGAUUUGCAUAACUGCAGCUGGCAUAUAGAAAUGUGAUUCAUACUGAGGCAUUUUCUGGCCCAAAUCAAGUGACAUACACGUUCGUAAUCGACACAUUUUUCAAUUCCGAUGACCUAAUGCCAACAUCCGAUGUAAGGAAAACAAAAACGCGCACACUAACAGUAACCCGUGUUAAUUCUGCUAUCUCGCAACUGUCUUUAUCAAGAGCUGUGCGAAAUCCAAUUUGACUGACUUGGCUCCAACUAUAUACAUAUAUAUCUCUUAUUCCCACUCUGCGUCCAAGAUAAUUGAAUUUUUAGCGCUUCUUUUGUUUGCAAACAAAUAUCAACAGCUGCCUGUGUAUUUGUAAACCGUUUUUUAGUUGUUUUGGCUCAGCUGAUGUAGACCCCAUGAGUCAGUCAGUCGGUCUUUUUAAACCAAAAAACGGUGACUGGUGGGUGUAGUUAACCGAGCAAAGCUAAUAAAAUUUCAUAGUAAAAGUACCGCGUUGCAUUUUUUUAAUUAAAAUUAUGUUAAAAUAUAUUCCUUAAUAUGUAUGUAUGUUUGUUUAUGUAAAUAAAAUACCAUCUUUAAGUUUCUUUUAAGUGAGAGUAGACCGUACUUCGUAGUAUGAUUAUAUGGGUGGGCGACACUAUUUUGGAAAUCGCUGCGCCUGAUAUUUUAUUCACUUUUUCGUUUUAUUACGCUAAUUCGCUGCGAAGGCCGCAGCACGCAACUGCGCAAAUGCCGGUGAAUUGGCCAAUUGUACCGUCGAAUCGUCCCAUGUUAAGGCGUCUAUAUACAUAGUACUUAAAUAGGGGACAAAUAGUGCUUAAUAGGAUCGCGAGAGGCGUUAAUGGCCAAAGAUGAAGUCCCGGCCGGUCAGUUGCUUUUUAUUCUCAACCGUUUUGUUUUGCUUUACUCUCUCAAUCUUGUGUUCGCCUCCCACGCUCCGACUUUCUUGAUACAGUUGCGUUCAAAAUAAUAGUAGCUUUAGUACAAAUAUAAUAAAUUGUAAUUCUGUCGGUUCAUUGGUAGCUAUUUAGAUUCGUUAACAAAGUCCUAAUCUUUUUUUAUUUCUCAAGAUUUUCAUAACAGCAUUCCAAACGCUGAUGUCUGUGUUGUUCGAUCAUUUUAUUUAUAAACAUCAAUAAACAACUCAUCACGGUUGUGCUUGUUUUACUGCCGUAUACAUUUAAUAAUAAUAUGUUCCAACUUUUGCGUUGCCGUGGAAAUAUUUAACCGGUUCGAAUGAUGACAUAGGCAUUUAAAAAGGGAAAAUCGAGACUGUGUAGCCAACAAAUAUCAAUUGAGAUUGUAGUGCAUGCCAAGCCAAUAAAAGGGAAAUAAUAUAUAGAAAGAUGAAGGGCGAGUCAUGCAAUUGCUGCGCAGUGCGCACCCCACUUUCCCCAACGCUCCGAAAUGCAUUUUAUGUUAUUAUAAUUUCAGUGACCUUGAGUUUGGGGUGCCGCAGUUGUUUGAACUCGUUGAUUUUGCUUUUUCUCUGUUUUGCGGUGUGCGUUAUGUUUUUUGCUUUUGACAGCUGUUUGGCGCCUCUAUCUGUUGUUUGCAUACCCUUCACUUUGGGUAUAUCAAAUACACAACAAAUCAGAAAUGAUUUACGCUGAAGUAUUAAUCUUGAAUUAAUUUCUUUCAUUUUUCCCGUUUGUUUUGUUUUCAUGUUUCUCAAACGAUUACCAUAUCUCUGCAUUCUUAACUAAUUUCGCAAUUUGUUUUUUAUUUGCGCCCUGCUUGUGUUUUGACUUUUGAUUUUAUCGUGCGUUCGCCUGAAGCUUGGGUAUAUCUUUUGCGGGUUCUUCCAUUGUUUUAUUUAUAGUGAUCACGCCACUUUUUUUCGGUUCGUUUAUUGCCACCCCUUGCCGACUUGCGCCAUCCUACGUACAAUAUUUGGCAAUGGGGAAUACAGCAUGUUAAUCAAAUGAUUUAUGAUUUGUUUUCAUUCGCAAUGCACGUGGAUUUAUCAUAUUUGCUUGCACUAUUGAUUGAGAUAUUUAAUCAAUCCAAUCAUAUGGACUAACACAAUUAGUUAUUCAGACAGUUUUUGCACAAAAUAGCAACCUUAUUUAUUUGGUACAAGCUUUAUUAUCUUAAUUCUUAAGCUCUUUAACUUGGUUAUAAAUCUAAAGUUUUUUAAUGCUUUGAUCUGUUUGCGUUUCUGCUUUUGUCGUUAACAAUUUGUUGUAUUUUGUUACAAAGGGUAAUAGCUUUCAUAGGAAAACCUUUGGUGCAUAACAGUGACAUCUCUUGGUUGAAGAGAGGGCUAAGUCAAGAAACUUAAGCUAAACUUGUAGCUAAGGAAUCCCGGUGAACAAUGGCAGAUGAGUACUCAGAAAUUGCUGUCGUUGCAAACCAUGUUGCAUUGUUGCUGGCCGAAACCAUGGAAACAUCUUAUCUUGACGUGCAGAUGGCUGCCUACCCAUAAUUACGGAAACAAUGCGCCUGAACGGAAGAUGAAGGGCUGGGUCCACACAUUUGACUUUAAACUGUUUGCCUGUCCGAUAGACAAUAUUUGUCGUGUUCAUUUGGUAUAUCAAGUAUAUAUUGCAGGAUGUUGAAUGGGAAUAUCUUGGUAAUUGGAAUUCGCCAUGUGGCUUUUAGACUGCGUGCCCCGAAAUUCGAUUUAUCGUCAUUCUCUGCACCUGAAAAUGUAUAUGGCCAAUAUAGUUAUUUCAACUCGAGCGCAGGGCAGGAAUGCCAGUAUUGUGUUCAAGGUCUCCAAAAGAAACGAUUUGCCUGUAAUUACGAGUACAAUAAGCGUCCCCUUCUCUUUGUCCAACCAGCUAGGAAGAUAAUUUCCGCAUUAUUUCCAUUCGCGCAGAAGCCCUGUCCUUUAAAUAUAGUGGUUAUAAGAUCGAAUAACAAUUGUAUUGUUAAUAAUAAAACAACUCAUUUAAUAAAAUAUUAUUUUAUAAAUAUCCAAACCAACAAGUGUUCACUGACUUGUUGCCCUUUUUUGUGUUUCAUCCCAGCUGGGAACCAUAAUUCUUGAGCAAGAUUUUCCUUUCGUUUGGCUGUGCUUAAGCCAAGUCGCUUGGGCUGAGGCAACAAAGAACCGGUUUUCGACCAGCGGCAUUGCGAGCCCACUUAUUGCGCAUGAGGUAUUCGAAUGAUGAUUACAACAUGCGUCCGAAUGGGAAAACUGCUGCUUCGAUGGCUAUUCUUCUUGCUAUAGUGAUUCACCUUGUAAUCAGUUCGAUACCCAAAGGUCUUUAAUCUUAACUUGGCGGUUACAGCCUUGUAAAUUGACGGACUUUGCUGCUCUGCCCGACUUGUCACUAGCUAUCAGAAAUCAUGGCAGGGGCGCCUUUGUUUUUGUCCUAUGGCGUGAGUGUGGCUUGGGGGACGUGGCCCCUUUGUGGGAGCUACUUCCCGAUAAACAAAGGCAGAUAAUGUACGAGUAUAUCUAUAUAAUAAGGGUACGCGUUAUCGGCAAACGGUUGAAACGGUCGAAGUGUGCCUGCCCAUUAUGAAACUCAACAGCGGAACUUGUAAGAUGCUAAAAAAACAUGUUAAGAUAGCCGCUGAAAGAGAAAUUAAAAUACAGUGCGUUGCAGUGGUGUAUUUCAUUUAAUUCCUGGAAUCACAAUUCGAUUUUUCAAGGGAGAGUAAUUCCCAGGAGUAAAACCAAUACAAUCAUCUCAUUUAAGUUCACGGAUAUUAUGCGGUGCUUGCAUAACAUAAUAAUAAUCAAUAGAAGCUUUUUGGGACCACGGUUUCAAAUCGUACAAGUGCAUUAAGUAACUUCGUUGAACACAAUUUUCUGCACUUUGCAAAUUGGCAAAAUGUUUUUGAAGAAAUGUAGAAUGUAACAUGUAACUCGGUAGCCAAAAACAUUGCACCCACUCAAGGGUAUGGGUAUAAAAAGAUGCUGCAGGUGGGUUAGUUGUCAGAGCACCGAAGCGAAAGCGGUAAAGUAGCCAACAGCAGUUAGUUAUCCUUUUGCGCCGCCUGAAAUAUUCGAUGAAUCUGUCAAGCCUUUUCCUUCUGGCCCUUGUGGCAUCUGUGGCUGUCAGUGCCGGAUCUGCCCGCAGAAUCAGCAGGCCAAAGCCAAAGCCAACUACGCCUCCUUGCGUGCGGACGACCACUCCGCCAUGUGAAACGACAACUCCACCAUGUGCGACGACAACGACCACUGAAGCUCCAACGACAACAACAACAACAGUUUGUGCUCCAGUAACAACGACCACUGAAGCCCCAACAACAACGACCACCACCACUACAGAAGCUCCAACGACAACAACAACUGAAGCCUGUGCUCCAACAACAACGACCACCACUGAAGCCCCAACAACAACGACCACCACUGAAGCCCCAACAACAACGACGACCACCACUACAGAAGCUCCAACGACAACAACAACUGAAGCCUGUGCUCCAACCACAACGACCACCACUGAAGCCCCAACAACAACGACGACCACCACUACAGAAGCUCCAACGACAACAACAACUGAAGCCUGUGCUCCAACCACAACGACCACCACUGAAGCCCCAACAACAACGACCACCACUGAAGCCCCAACAACAACGACGACCACCACUACAGAAGCUCCAACGACAACAACAACUGAAGUCUGUGCUCCAACAACAACGACCACCACUGAGGCUCCAACAACAACGACCACCACUGAAGCCCCAACAACAACGACGACCACCACUACAGAAGCUCCAACGACAACAACAACUGAAGCCUGUGCUCCAACAACAACGACCACCACUGAGGCUCCAACAACAACGACCACCACUGAAGCCCCAACAACAACGACCACCACUGAAGCCCCAACAACAACGACGACCACCACUACAGAAGCUCCAACGACAACAACAACUGAAGCCUGUGCUCCAACAACAACGACCACCACUGAGGCUCCAACAACAACGACGACCACCACCACAGAAGCUCCAACGACAACAACAACUGAAGCCUGUGCUCCAACAACAACGACCACUACUGAGGCUACAACGACAACAACCACUGAAGCCCCAACAACAACGACGACCACCACUACAGAAGCUCCAACGACAACAACAACUGAAGUCUGUGCUCCAACAACAACGACCACUACUGAGGCUACAACGACAACAACCACUGAAGCCCCAACAACAACGACGACCACCACUACAGAAGCUCCAACGACAACAACAACUGAAGUCUGUGCUCCAACAACAACGACCACCACUGAGGCUCCAACAACAACGACCACCACUGAAGCCCCAACAACAACGACGACCACCACUACAGAAGCUCCAACGACAACAAAAACUGAAGCCUGUGCUCCAACAACAACGACCACCACUGAGGCUCCAACAACAACGACCACCACUGAAGCCCCAACAACAACGACCACCACUGAAGCCCCAACAACAACGACGACCACCACUACAGAAGCUCCAACGACAACAACAACUGAAGCCUGUGCUCCAACAACAACGACCACCACUGAAGCCCCAACAACAACGACGACCACCACUACAGAAGCUCCAAAAACAACAACAACUGCACCCUGUGCUCCAACAAGUACAUCUUCAUCCCCCGCUCCUCCUAGGCCUUGCCAGCCAAAAACUACGCCAGCGCCACCUCCCCCUUGCGAUCCCACCACUACAACCCCGCCACCUUGUGAACCAGAGACAACCACACCCGCCUGCGGAUCUGGUGACUCGAAGCGUGAUAACAGUGUCCUCGAUCAAGUGAUUGCCAAGCCAAUUAAGGAUCUCCUUGAUGGUUCUAGCAGCUCCAUUAGUAAACCUGCUCUUCCGAUCGGAACCAGUGCCAUGUGCGUUGGACGCGCCGAGGGUACUAUUGUCCAGGAUCCAAAUCACUGCAGAAGGUACUACGAGUGCCGUGCCGGUCGCCGCUUGCUGCGCAAGUGUAACUACGGUUUGUGGUACGAUUCGGAGGCAGGGGAAUGCCUUCCGCGAAGCGAGGUUCUGAACUGCCCGGCCCAGCGCAACUGAGACUCUCAGCCGUCUUGAGUCAACUGGGAUGAGGCCUGAGAUUGCAAUGCAACUUGUAUCCGUAACCAACAGUAACCACCUACUCAAUAAACAGCAUAUAAAUCAUAUAUAAAUAUAGUGAAUAAAUCGGCACUUAAUCUUA